AUGUACUACACAUAUUUUCUGGAUGCUUCUGAGACGUAUGGUAUCUAUAAGUUCUUAAUUUCAAUGCUAAGAGGGCUAUACCGAAGCUCUGAUUCUUUUGAGGCGUUAGAACCCUUGAGGGCCAAAUUUGAUGAGCAACACGAUAGGUUGUAUGACUUCUAUGCGCAGUGCACGGCGGUUAGGUAUCUAUCGACGUUGAUAACAAUUCCAAAGUUGCCAUUUGAUGCACCUACGUUGGCAGACGAGCAGAAGAGUGUUUCACCUUUGAUAGAGCAAGGAAUUGUCCAAACACCGGCUGAUUAUGCCAAUGUGCAAAAAGCGGUUUCAUCACAGCCAACAGGGGCGGUUGCAAAUGCGUAUAUGGCAGGACAACAGGCAUACGAAGCGCAGCAGCAGCAAUUAGAGCAACAGCGGCAGCAGCAGCUGCAACAACAACAGCAGGAGCUGGAACAACAAAGACUGUAUUGGGAGGAGCAACAGAAAAGAAAUUCGGAAGCGCAGCAGCUAGCGCAACAGCAAUUGCUGCUUGAUCAAGCGCAGAGGCAGGCUCAGGGCCGAGUUGCAGAAUUGGAGAGAGACAUUUUGGCGUUGAAAGGCCAGUACGAUAGUGACCA